UGCUGAGUGAAGAGUCUGUACGGGGAAGGCUGUAGGUCCUGGGACCCUCGCAGGUGUCAUGGCUCAGUAGUUUAUCUUUAAAACUUACUUUUUUUGGUGCUCGGUCUUCAGAAGGAUUAAUUCCUCCACGUGUUAGGGGUUUGAGGCUCUCGCCCUAGCAAGGCCCCUUGCACUCGACUCGUCUGUCUCUGGUUUCCGUGCCGUUCGUUGGGAGACUCCCCUCCCGGGGGCGACCUUCCCUCUGAGACUCCAGAGCCCACCCCGCUUGGGUCUCCGUCCCCCGUGGGAAACCCAACCCACCCGGGAGCGAGCGGGAAUGAAGCUGGACGAUGCCUCCCCGCCCUCCGAGAGCUCUGCCUGCACCCUCGAAAAUUCCCUCUCCAAGAUUCUGCACGGUCUUAGCCAGGCGUCAGGCCGGGGCCACGCCAGACCCGCCGUCCUGCACGACCUCAGUGCUUUAAUCGAGGCCGCCGAUGGGGACGAGUUAUUUGCGGGAAGUGGGACUCGGGGGAUGCCCGAGGUCCUGGGACAGGUGGCGAAGGCCCUGGAGAAGUUCGCAGCCCCGCCCCAGGAGAAGGCAGAGGGAGGCGAUGGCCAUUCCGAUGUGCCCGAGAAGGCAACCGAAGUCGGGCUACUGUUUCUCAAGCUGCUGGGGAAGGUGGAAAGGACUGCUAAGAGUUCUCCCGUCUGCCCUGCGGGGAAGACAGGCCUCCGACACUUGGCGGGUCCCGUGUAUGUUUUUGCCAUCACACACAGACUGAAGCAGCCUUGGACCAGUACAAGGUCUCAGCAGGUGGCUGAUGAGGUGCUGUCCUUACUGCUUCGGGUUACGGAGUGCAGUUCUGUGGCAGGAUUCCUGUGCGGGGAAAAUGAGGAUGACCGAGGGAGAUUUGCUGCGGUCUUGGGGCUUCUGAAACCCCAUUUGAAUAAGGAAUCCUGGAAGAAUAAUCCCGCUGUUAAACAUGUUUUCUCAUGGACUCUGCAGCAGGUCACGCAGCCCUGGUUGAGCCAGCACCUGGAGAAGAUACUUCCUCCGUCUUUGCUCAUCUCAGAUGACUAUCAGACCGAGAAUAAAGUCCUGGGUGUGCAGUGCCUCCAUCACAUUGUGAUUAACGUGCCCGCUGCUGAUUUGCUGCAGUACAACAGAGCCCAGGUCCUGUACCACGCCCUUUUCAACCACUUGUACAUGCCAGAGCAUCAUCUCAUUCAGGCUGUGCUCCUGUGCCUCCUAGAUUUAUUCCCUGUCCUAGAGAAAGCUCUGCACUGGAAGGGAGAUGCAGCUCGAGCCACUGCACACUGUCAUGACGUACUGCAACUUAUCCUCACCCACAUGGAGCCAGAGCAUCGCCUUCUCUUACGUAGGACGUACGCCAGAAACCUGCCCACUUUUGUGAAGAAGUUGGGGAUCCUAACUGUCCGGCACAUGAAGAGGCUGGAGCAAGUUAUCAUUGGUUAUCUGGAGGUUUAUGAUGGACCAGAAGAAGAAACGAGGUUGAAGAUACUGGAAACCCUGAAACUUGUCAUGCAGUAUACUUGGCCCAGAAUUUCCUGCAGAGUUGUGGUCUUGCUGAAGGCUCUCCUGAAACUGAUAUGCGAUGUAGCAAGGGACACAAGCCUCACAUCCGAGGCUACUAAGAGCACCCUGCUCCAGGAAGCCACAGACUGCCUGAUUCUUCUGGACCAUUGUUCUCAGGGGCAGGUGAAGGGUCUUCUGUCUAGAAUCGUCCUGUCCUGUGAAGACAGCACAGUGGUGAGCUGCAUUAGGAAAGUGCAGCAGUGCUCUGCAGGUGUCCCUGAGUGACACUUACCAUGACCAACCAGCAAGGAAGGGUGUGGAUGGAGUUAUGGAAAAAUCUAUUUUUAUACUAAACAUUGUUCAUUACACUAAGAUUAAUGCUUCAGUGAACCAAGAAACGGGAAUUUUCUGAAAAAGGUUCACAUGAUUUUUAACAUUCUCUGCUGAUCUCAAAAGGCCUCCAUUUGGCACUCCUUCAGAACUAUUAGUCCUGUGGAUUCCAUGUCAUCAUGUCAUCUCUACCCUGAGUGUAGUUCAUACUUCUGAUAAUCACAUUUUUACAUCAUUUUGAAACCUUUCAUUUCAGCUUUUCUCAGGGACCUACACAGAAAAAAUUUCAGGUAGGUAGGGUACAUAUCUUCUGCCUUAAAAUCCUGCAGAGCCACUGGGCACAUCCAUAUCCCAGUUUUGUCUUGGCAUAGCAUAAAGGAUUAGUCACAGGUGAGUUUAAUAGGAGGCGCUGUUUGUGACACGGUCUAGGGAAAGGCUGAGUGUAAAUAAAGGAAUGAACGUGGCCCUUACCGCCGCUUCAGUGUAAGUUUUCU